CCUACUGCAACAGGCCUCCAGCCUGAGCUCCCCAGGGAAUAACGACAGCAAACAGUCUGCCUCUGCUGUACAGACUGACGCACAGCAAGUUCAGCACAGAACAGAGCUGGGAGUAGAAGCUUGCCCUGCUAACUGCCUGCCUGCUGUUCUUCAUCCCCCACCCCCCACCCCCUGCUGUAGACAUAGCUACACAUACGUGCACACACAUAUCAUCAUGGUACCAACAGUGCUGCUCUGGGCACUGUGUGUGCCAUCUAGACAGGUACCCGUGUCUGUGGCCAUGAUGUCGCCGCAGAUGCUUACCCCCCAACAGAUGCAGCAGAUCCUGUCACCCCCACAGCUUCAGGCCUUGCUCCAGCAGCAGCAGGCACUGAUGCUCCAGCAGCUGCAGGAAUAUUAUAAGAAGCAGCAAGAGCAGCUCCACUUACAACUUCUCACCCAACAGCAGGCUGGGAAACAGCAACCCAAAGAGGCACUGGGGAAUAAGCAGCUGGCCUUCCAGCAGCAGCUACUGCAAAUGCAACAGUUGCAGCAGCAGCACCUGCUCAACCUGCAGAGGCAAGGACUGGUCAGCCUGCAGCCCAGCCAAGCCUCGGGGCCCCUCCAGACUCUCCCGCAAGCAGCCGUAUGCCCGACGGACCUGCCCCAGCUGUGGAAGGGUGAGGGUGCCCCUGGGCAGCCUGCCGAGGAUAGUGUCAAGCAGGAGGGGCUGGACCUCACCGGCACAGCCACCACCGCUACCUCGUUUGCCGCCCCCUCCAAGGUCUCGCCUCCCCUCUCCCACCACACCCUGCCCAACGGACAGCCCACUGUGCUCACAUCUCGGAGAGACAGCUCCUCCCAUGAGGACACCCCUGGCUCUCACCCCCUCUACGGACAUGGAGAGUGCAAGUGGCCAGGCUGUGAGACCCUGUGUGAAGACCUGGGCCAAUUUAUCAAACACCUCAACACAGAGCAUGCCCUGGACGACCGCAGCACAGCCCAGUGCCGGGUACAGAUGCAGGUGGUGCAGCAGCUGGAGAUCCAGCUCUCCAAGGAGAGCGAGCGGCUACAGGCUAUGAUGGCCCACCUGCACAUGCGGCCCUCUGAGCCCAAGCCCUUCAGCCAGCCACUGAACGCGGUCCCCGGCUCCUCCUCAUUCUCCAAGGUGACCAUCUCUGCAGCAGACUCGUUCCCAGAUGGUCUCGUGCACCCCCCGACCUCGGCUGCUGCCCCUGUCACCCCCCUACGGCCCCCUGGCCUCAGCUCUGCCUCCUUGCACAGCGGAGGUCCAGCCCGCAGGAGAAGCAGUGACAAGUUCUGCUCCCCCAUCUCCUCAGAGCUGGCCCAAAAUCACGAGUUCUACAAGAAUGCUGACGUCAGGCCCCCCUUCACCUACGCCUCCCUCAUCCGCCAGGCCAUUCUGGAAACCCCCGACAGGCAGCUGACCCUGAAUGAAAUCUAUAACUGGUUCACCAGGAUGUUUGCCUAUUUCCGCAGAAACACUGCCACCUGGAAGAACGCCGUGCGCCACAACCUCAGCCUGCACAAGUGUUUCGUGCGUGUGGAGAACGUCAAGGGUGCCGUGUGGACUGUAGACGAGCGGGAGUAUCAGAAGCGGAGACCACCAAAGAUGACAGGGAGCCCCACCCUAGUGAAGAACAUGAUCUCGGGCCUCAGUUAUGGAGCACUUAAUGCCAGCUACCAGGCCGCCCUGGCCGAGAGCAGCUUCCCCCUCCUCAACAGCCCUGGCGUGCUGAACCCCGGCUCCGCCAGCAGCCUCCUGCCCCUCAGCCAUGAUGACACAGGCGGCCCCGUGGAGCCGCUGCCCAGCAACGGCAGCAGCAGCCCCCCCCCCCUCUCCCCACCCCAGUACAGCAGCCACCAGGUGCAGGUGAAAGAGGAGCCGACUGAGGUGGAGGAAGACAGGCAGCCCGGGCCCCCCUUGGGCCCCCCCAACCCGAGCACUGUGGGGCCUCCAGAAGACAGGGACCUGGAGGAGGAGCUACCCGGAGAGGAACUGUCCUGAGGGCCUCUGGGACAGGCAGGGCUGGGGUGAGACCCCUCCCUCCCAGAACCCAGGCCCCACCUACCCCCACUCCACAGCCCCUCCCGAACCUCAAAGGCACUUCCAGGACUCAGACGGGGAGAGGCCUGGGCCAGCAACUCCCCUGUGACCUGACUGACAAACACGCGGGGGCAGGGAUGGUCCCCGCCCCCAUGGGGACAGAGAACCCUUGGUUUGGGACCUGUAGAGGACACAGAGGGCCCGGACCCCUCCUCAGACCCUCCUCCACAUCUGAAUACCGCCUUUCCCCGACCACCAGCAGCAGGGCCCUCCACCCCCACCAGCUUCACCCGACACACACAGGGCCCCUCAGCGCCAUGGAGACCCGCGGGCGGGGCUGUCACCCCUCUCAAACCCAGGGCCCCUCACACCUGGCUCUGGCAGUGUUUUCUGGCCAGAAGUCCCCCUUCCCUAAUUUGUGUUCACUUCCACCUUCUUUUCCUUCCGUACUGUGAAGAAAUAACUCUCCAUCCCCAACUCCUACCCCUGCUCUGGCCUGGGUGGGGACUGAAGUGUCACCAUCCCCAGAAGAAACCAGCCCCCUUGGCUGUUGGGGUGGGACAAGUGUGCCCUGUGGGGGUCCAUGUGAACAGGACCACCUGGCUUCAGCCUCUUCCCCAGACCUGAGACAGGACCCAGGCUGAACUGGGCCCCCACCCCACCCCUGUUUGCUGGGUGCUCCCCAACCACCCCGCGCCAGAGAGCACAAGAGGAGACCCAGUGCCUCCUGCCUCCUUCACAGAGAGAUCUGUGCCAGGUGGACUUCUGCGGGUGGAGCCGUGCCCCUGAGGCUGGAGUUGGGGCCAGAGGCGGUGCCUGGACUGCUGGGAAGCAUCCAGGGCACAGGGGAAAGGAGAGGCUGAAACCCACCUUCACCUCCACCCCGGCCUGCAGGUCCCCCCACUGCAGUGCUCUCUCACCCUCCCUCAGCACCCCUUCCCUGUUCCCCCAGUUAAACGGAUGACCAAAGACCUUUCUUAUGCCAGAAGCAAAAACCAAAACUUUUUGUUGGCUUUUUCCUUUGUCGCCUCCCAAACACCCUGCUCUCCCAGCCCCCCACCCUGGCCCCAGGCUGGAAGCCCUCCCUUCACUUAAGUUAUUGUUUUAAACCAAAGUUUACAGUGUCUGUUGGUGGCCAAGACCCUCUCCUUCCACCCCUCCUCCACCCCUCCCCAAGGACCCUGGGACUCAGUGGAGGUGGAGGCCCUGCGCACCUCCCCUCUGCUCUUGCCCAGCUUGGGGGAAGGAGAGAGGGCAGAGGGGAGGAGGUGGGCACACAAGCCCCCACCCCCAACCCUAGGCUGCUUCCUGGGGGCUCUCCAGACCCCUGUCUAGGACCAAGUCCCCCAUCAUGCUGGGAGUGUGGAUUCCAGCAAAAGAGCUGGAAAAAACAGACUCCACAAACCCCCUAUGGGGGACCCCAACUUAAGACCAAGGACUGGGCAUGUCGGAUGCUCAUAACACCCCGGGCCAGGCCCUUUUACUGAGAAGACUCCUUGGAUAUUUCCCAAGAAACCCCCACAUACACCCCUUCACAAGCCAUCCCUCCCAAGAAGCAGGGGGCACUCCACCCCCUCCCCCUGUAUUCCCCACCUGUGUUCUAUUUGACCAGCACAGAAAUAUUAAACGUCCUCUAUUCACCGGG